AGAAAAUAUCAAUUAAAAUAGUUUUAUGAGUGUUUUUGAAUUGAAUUCUUAAUUACGAUUGUGAAUUUAUUAUUCGUCAUUAAAAUUGCAUUAACUAUUGUUCGAAUGCUUCUAUAAUGCGUCCGUAAUGGCAGUCAAAGUUAUUAUUCAAAGACAAAAAUAUCAACAUUCAGACGAUCACAUCAAUCAAGAGAGCUGGAACAAACAAUUUUAAAAUGACAAUAAACAGUGUAAUAAAUGUAGCUUAGUUAGCUAAUCAAAAUAUAUUUUAUAUAGCUACAUAUAAUUAUGUAUGUGCGUUAACAAGAAAUGUACUCUAAUAUGAUAACAGAUGAAGACGAAGACCAAGAAUAUUUAUCAAGUUAUACAGUAGAUUACGAGCUAAGUCAUCAAAACGAAGACCAGUGUAUGUUUGUAGAAAACGAUUGUACCAAAGAAGAAGGUGAUCUUUAUCAACAACUUGCUGAGAAGGACCAUUAUUUAAUCCUUGCUGCUGAAGCUGGCAAGGUGUUAUUAGAAAAGAAUCAAGAACUAACAAACCAUUAUCAAUCUUUACAAGACGAGUAUCAACAAAAAAUAGAGGAACUUGAACAAGAAAAACACCACUUGAAAAGGCAACUUGUUACCAGAGAAAACUGUUACGAUUCACGAAUGCAGGACCUCCAGCAGGAGCUUCAUAACCUAAGUGGGCAAUUGGACAUGGUUCAAAAAUCUUCCCGCUCAUUUGAACAAUCUCAUAGAUCUACAUAUGAGGACUUAGCACUUACAAAUAACUCACUUUUAAAAGAACUUGACGAGGUCAAAUCAUAUAACGAAAACCUUGCACAACAAGUUCAAACACUUUCAAAAAGAAUAGACGGCCGUAUAAGUAAUGGAAAUAAAAGCUACAAUAAUAACAUUGCGAACUACGAUACUACUGAUGGCUCCCCUAAAUCCGAUGGCACACAGGAGAAGGAUUACUUAGAAAUGAAAAAUCUCAAAGAGCAGGUACAUAAGCUAAGUGACCAGAAACGUCAUUUGGAAGAAUCGUUAACAGAGCUGGCUCAUGAGAAACAAGCAAUCACUCAUGAACAGCAGCAAACAAUUGGGAAAGUGUCGACUCUUGAGGGAGAACUACAGGAGUUGAAACAACAGAUCUCCAUGUGCCAAGAGGACUUAAAUAAAACCAAAAAGAAAAAUGUUCAACUGAAAGAUCAACUCGAAGAAUAUGUUUAUAUGCAGACGUCGCAAAUGCGCACACAAUCAGACAACUCCUUGUUCAAUGAGUUGGAAAUGUCAUUGUCAGAAGCUGAUAUGAACUUUCAACAAAUCAGUACUCCUCUAAAAAUAAAUGAAAAUGGCCUUCCAAAUAUCAUGAUAUCGCCUGAUGCUGACCAAGCAAAAAUCAAUCUGGAAAAACUCAAAGAUGAUUUACUUGAGGUGUAUAAAAAGUUGAAAGUUUUGUGGAUGAAACUUACAAACGACGAAAGUUAUUUUGAUUUCAAUAAUAGCAUAAACAGCGAGACCAUCAAUGGUGAAAUUAUUUCAAAAAUUGUGGACCAGAUCAUCGAUUUAAUUCAAGGUAAAGUGAUGUCGCUUGGCUUGAUCGAUACAGGCAAUUUUAGCCCAACACACCUUGACCUGGAUAACUGCGACAAUCUUUCUCAACCUGAUUCACAAACCUCAGAUCAAGACGUCGACAUUUUGGAACAACAGGUUCAUGAUCUGAAUCAACGUUUGAACAUAGCAACAACGGAUCUAGAAGGUGCGAAGAAAGAAUUAGUUACUUCACAAACAUCAGCGCGUGAGAAUGAAGAUAAAGCUUUGAAUUUGACAGUGAAGGUAAACUCUCAAAAUAGAGAAAUCGAAUCACUUCGAAAGGAGAGAGAAAUCAUGAUGGCGGACACAACUAUGGAAGAGAAGUUAAAAAUGGCUUUAGAAGAAAGAGAUGCUGCGCUAAAGAGAGAAAACGAAGUCAAGGUGAAAUACGAGGAAACGAAGAAUGACAUGCAGAAACUAAAUAAUCAGUUAAUUUCCGCGGUUGAACAGAAACUGGAAUUAUCUGAGCAGCUAGAACAAUGGCAGUUCGAUAUGGCUUCUUUAAUUGACCAGCAACUCGCAACAAAGAUCAAGAGAGAUCAACAGAAAUCAAAAAAGCGCUCGAACAGCACAAACCCGGCUCGAAUGUUUGCUGCCAAAUUCUUUGCUAGUAGAAACACGAGUAGGGAUUCCAGUCAUAGUAAUACACCCACAUCGAAAUCUCCUGUUCCUCAAAAGAAGUAACUGGACUCAGUAUUGGUGCAUACGGUCAGCCUAAAAAUGUAGCAUAACGAGUAUUAUUGGUUGGACAAGGAAUAGUUUACGGAAGGGGUUUAUUUAAGCCUAAUUCAGAAAAUUGCAUCUGGUCCAAUGAAAUGAGCAAUGAGAUGAGCAAUGAGGUGAGAGCGCUUGGUAAAAGGAUGCUGGACAAUUCUCGUUACCAUGAGAUGAGAACUUUUAAUAAAACUCAUGAAGCAAACAUUUUUCGCCAAUCCUUUUAAAACAGUUGCUUAGCUGUCUAGGAAAAAGAAUUGGUAAAAUUAAGUUCUGGAUAGGAUACAAAAAGUGAAAGAAAAUAUUUUUGUUUUAAAUAAUUGUAUAUUAGAAAUUUUACUUUUAAAUAUUUCCGCAUAUUAGUUAGUAGUGAUAACGCCCGUUGUGUAGAAUAACACCCAAUAUUUGGGAAUAACAAAUGAACAUUCAAGAUAAUUAUAUUUAUACCUCUUCUCGUUUUACAAGUACUUUCAAUUGUAAAUUUAUACAUAUUUAAAAAAUAUUUAAUAUUUAGAUUUGUGGGUAUUUUUAAAUGUGUUUUCGAUUGCAUCACAGGGUAGCUAGUUCUUCUUCAGUGGCGUAGUAUUCAACAUUUAGAAGUAUUUUUCACGUUAAUUCAACAUCUUUAAAAUAGUUAUAUUCUACAUUUUAAUAAAAAAUGGGUUCAAUUAGGAUUUUUUCGGUUUUCUGCACACGUCAGACGUACGCCGAAACGGGGAAUUUUACUUUUAGCCGUUUCUGAUAAUGCUACAAUAUAUUUAGAUUAUUUGUUUUUAUCAAUACGUAAAUAAAUAGGCAAUUUAUAUUAUAAUACCCUGUCACGCAAAAUGGUACCGCAAGUAGCGAGAAUAAAAAGGACGGUCCACCGACUGGUUAUUAAAAAAAUUUUCAAAACAUUUUCCUCUUUUUUCGUAAUUAUAUUUUUGUUUAGGAAUUUUGAAAGAAUAUUGAUUUGAAUAUCAAA